UUUGUACUUCCUGUCGAUCACGGUGACUUCCGCAGACGGACGGGCUUUUGUUGUGUAGUGACUGAAGGGCGUGCGUUCAUGUACGAGCACAUCAAACCGCACUCGUCAGGAAAAAAAGGGAGUGUCUGCGAAUAAAACAACGCCAACCAUCCGCAAAGAUUCAUACAUCAAGUUUCCAUUCAGUCGUGCUCGCUGACGUCCUCCUCAGUCCAUACUCAGCAUGAGCUGCGCAGAGAAAGUAGAUGUCGGGAUGUUUCUUGAGAGGUUUCUGCUGGAGUUUUCGCACCCGCUCGGGACAGAAGAUCCGCUGCCCGUCAGUUCAGCAAACCGAAUCAUCUCUCUGCAGGAGCUGAAGGGAGAAAGUCUGGAUUUAGGCCUUCGACUGCUUUCAGCCAGAAAUGCUCCAUCGUGGUUGGCUGCAGUGAUGUGCAAUGUUGCUGUCACUGAACUGCUCAAAGAUGACCUUUCACCUCACUACUGUCCCAAAGACCCCGAACAGCAACCAGAGGAUGAACAGGGAGUUGUUUUGCUGCAGUCUGAACCUGUGCUGCGUCUCUUUAUUAAUAAAUUGAGAGCAGUGGGUGUGGCCUGGCAGAAACAUCCGCCCAAUCCCGAUGCUCCCUUUUCACGCACACACAGCUGCUCUGUUCACGCCAUUCGGAACACCCGCAGAAAGAUGGAGGAUCGCCACGUCAUCCUGAAAGAGUUUAACCAGCUUCUGGGACUGCAGGAUGGUGUGGGCAGAGAGUAUUACGCUGUGUUUGAUGGGCAUGGAGGAGUAGAUGCCGCCACUUACGCUGCCACUCAUCUGCAUAUAGUACUGAGCCAGCAGGGGGAGCUAAAAACGAACGCUGCCACAGCCUUCAAAAACACCUUCACAAAGACAGAUGACAUGUUCAAGAUCAAGGCCAAGAGAGAGCGUCUGCGCAGCGGCAGCACUGGAGUGGCUGUUUUACUGACCUCUGACCUCCUCACCGUCUCCUGGCUGGGCGACUCUCAAGCUCUGCUGGUCCGCCAGGGGGAACCAGUGACCCUGAUGGACCCACACAAACCCGAGCGAGAGGAUGAGAAGAAAAGGAUUGAGGAUCUGGGUGGAUGCAUCGCUUUCAUGGGUUGUUGGCGGGUAAAUGGUACCUAUGCUGUUUCUAGAGCAAUAGGUGAUUUUGACCAGAAGCCGUAUGUCUCUAAUGAAGCUGACAGCUCCUCUUUCCAUCUGACCGGGGAUGAAGAUUACGUCCUCCUGGCCUGUGACGGCCUCUUCGACGUGAUCCGGCCUGCAGACGUCCCAGCUCUGGUCCUGGAGGCUCUGCGGGAGAGCGGAGGCUCUGGAGACGAUGUGGCCCAGAGUCUGGUGGCCCAGGCCAAAGCUGCAGGAUCCAGCGACAACAUCACCGUCCUCCUGGUGUUCCUGAAGGAGCCGCAGAAACUUCUGGCUCAAGACACCGUUUGCAGAACUGAGGGACGAGGAGCUGCGUGUGCGGCCGCAGGGGUCUGAACAAGGUUAAUAAGAAAAUCAUAUUCACGAUUGAAGCAAAGCAGAGGACCAGUAGUCGAUGAUGGUCUUCUCAUCAUCUGAAAUCAUAUUUGAAAUAGUCGCUCCGUUCAAAAAGGAUAUGCAUUAUAAAAGCAAGUUCAGUCAUGCAUUCAGCAGAACGUAAUGAAGCCAGUACAAGGCGUUUCCUCAUUUAUUUUUCCAGGAAUGUCUGAUCCCUGGUCAUUUAUUAACAGUCUCUGUUGCUAAGUCUGAACUUGUUUUCAUUUUUGACAGAUUAUAAUUACAUUUACUGAUACAUAAAGGGAUGGUUCAUUCAAAAAAAAAGGAAAAUUUGCAUUUGAUUUACCCCCUCAGGCCACAUGCAUUUAGGUGAUUGAUUUUUAGCUGAAGAGAAAGCUUUAUGGAUAAAGAUGUUUAGCUGAAAUCCUGGCUCUUGGUGAUUCCUAAAAAAAUAGUCAAUGGUUACCCUUAGCUUCUGAUGAUACAUUGAGGUCAUAUCACAAUCAGUUUGUGUAUUAUUUACUAAAUAAUUGACUAUUAAUCCAUAGCCUCCGCAAACUGAGCAUAUUUACUACAGUCUUGAGCAAGAGCAACUCUGUCCUAUGAUGACAAACAUACAGUGCAUCUGGAAAGUAUUCAUAGCGCUUCACUUUUUCCACCUAUUUUUAUGUUACUGCCUUAUUCCAAAAUGGAUCAAAUUCAUUUAUUUCCUCAAAAUUCGACACACAAUACCUCAGUUUUUGAAAUUGCUGCAAAUUUAUAAAAAAAACCCCCUGAAAAAUCACAUUUUUUGUAUUUUUCCCCCUACUGACUUCAUUUGUGUGGUCAAAAAGUACAAUGAAACAGGAAAACUAGUAUCAAAUGUGAUUUUUAGGAUGACAGGGUAAGUAGGAUUUCAGUUUUUUGGAUGGACUUUCUCUUUAAAGGGAUAGUUCACCUAAAAAUGAAAGCUCUGUCAUCAUUUACUCACCCUUUACGUGUUUCAAACCUUUAUUAGUUGAACACUAAAGAAGAUACUUUGAAGAAAGCUGAAAACCUGUAACCAUUGACUUCCAUAGUAUUUGUUUUUCCCAGUAUUCUUGUCAGUGAAUACCGGUUUAUAACAUUCUUCAAAAUAUCUUCUUUUGCAUUUUCCAAAAUAAAUAAAUAAAUAAAUAAAAGUUAAAAUAUAAGUACAUAGUGAGUAAAUGUUCAUUUUUGGGUGAGCCAUCCCAUUAAUAUCGCAAACAAAGUAACACCUUUGAGAUGUAGAUAAAGUCAAUUAAAAUGCUAUCAUCUUGUUGUGCUCCCUAUUUGAUGAGACUGUUACAAGGGCGACAAAUCUGAUGUGAAUAGUCUUACCUGAUACAGUAUUUCAUUGCAUUUAAUGAUAAAAUAACUGACCAUAAGGCCUUCAGCUGUCAGCAGAUGUACUAAUCCAGUGUUGUAGGUGGUUAGUAUUUUAAGGACUGUUAUUUAUUUGACACAAUUAAGUAUUUAUGCCUGCUCUGUACCGUGUAAGCGCGCUCUUUCAUGUGCCAAAAGUGUAUUUACGAGUCUGACUUUGCCAAGACCGUCUCUCUAGUGCUACUUCAGUUUUACCAAAUGUACAGUACAACCUUUAUUUAUGCGUCUCGUUUUGUUACAGUGCCUUUUUGUUCCUAAAUAUCAGUGUUAAUGCCAGCAUGUCGGUUUUACACUUUGCAAAGCACUCGUCCUGCACAGUGCAAGUCAUCUCGAGUUACGACUGCUCAAUAUUUUGAAAGCCUCAUGACGAGUCGCUGAUAUAACAGCACAGUCACCAUAAUGUGAUCAGGCCAAGAAUAUCGCUAACCUAAUGGAUACUGAACGAGGAAGGUGAAGAGGGGGAUGAUUUGCUGGGGAAAUGUAUUGAUGGUUGGUUCAGUACUAUGCAUUCAGUUAAAAAACUCAAGUGUGCAUGUCCAGAUUUCCUCACAACAAUGUGCGAAGAUCACAGUGGCAUCCUAAAAUCCGAAAACAGACUGAAAAACGUGAGGAAUUUGGAAAUAGUACUGAUAUGGUGAUUUUACAUGGUCAAAAGGUCUUAUUUUGAUACUUUUUUUUGUAGAAAUCAUAAUUUUUCUAUAUUUUUGAUGGAUUUUUUUUUUCAACCAAUUUAGUUGAUUAUUGCUAAAAUUAUAAUUUUUUAAUAAUCCUAAUUUUUUAGGUCAAAAGGUCUUAUUUCGGUGCCUUUUUGUAGAAAUCCUGAUUAUUUUUCAUUUUUGAUGAACUUUUGAGCAAUUUAAUCCAUUCUUGAUAAUAAAAAUAUAGCUUUCUAAUUUUUUUUCAUUUCUACUGACCCUAAAUAUGUAUUUGUUUAUAGAAUUUAUUUGAUCAUGUUUUAUUGUUUACUUAUUUCAAUGCCUUUUUUGUAGAAAUCCUGAUUAUUUUUCAUUUUUGCUGAACUUUUGACCAAUUUAGUCUGUUCUUGACAGUAAAAAUAUAAUUUUUUUUGUAAAUUGCUACUGACCCUAAAUGUUAAUUUGUUUAUAGAAUUUAUUUUAUGUUGUUUUAUUUAGUUAUUAGUUUUGAUACCUUUUUUUGUAGAAAUCAUAAUUAUUUUACAUUUUAAUGAACAUUUGACCAAUUUAGCCUAUUCCUGCUAAUAAAAAUAUUUUCUUUAUUUUUUUUAUUUGCUACUUAUCCUAAAUGUUUAUUUGUUUAUAGAAUGUAUUUGUUUUAUUGUUUACUAAUUUAGAUGCCUUUUUUGUAGAAAUCACGAUUAUUUUUUAUUUUUGUGCAAUUUAGUUAAUUCUUGCUAAAUAAAACUAUUAUUUAACUAUAUAUAUUAACUAAUAUAACUAUUUCUUUUUUUAACUGCUACUGACCCUAAAUGUUUAUUUGUUUAUAUGAUUUAUUUUUGUUUUGUUGUUUACUUAUUUCUAUGUCUCUAUUGUGGAAAUCCUGAUUAUUUUUUAUUUUUGAUGAAAUUUUUGGGCAAUUUUGUUCAUUCUUGCUAAAUAAAAAUAUAUAUAUAUUUUAUUGCUACUGAUCCUAACUGUUUAUUUUUUUAUAGAAAUUAUUUUAUUUUGUUUUAUUAUUCACUA